AAGGUCUCCACUCUUCUUGAGCUUGCCAUCCUCGACAUCCUCAACUUCACUCCGUCCUGACUGCUUCGUCCGGUUUAGAAGUGGUUAGAUGAUGUUCUUAAAGAUCAGAUCUGUUUAAGCAUCAAGCAUGGCUCCAGGAACAUCAAGAUUGAAAGUCAACUACGACAUACCUGAAGAUGUCUUAUGCGAGAACAUAUUUUCACGACUGCCCUUCAAGUUAGUCACAUGCUUGAAGACUAUGUCCAAGCACUGCCGCUUGCAAAUCACCAACAAUACUAAGUUUGCUACUAAACAGGCAAGACUCUGCCCAUCAUGCCCUGCGCUCAUCCAAAUCGGUUUCCUCGUCAAUUCUGAUGGCCGUUAUGAUUAUUACCUUAAUGUGAUUUCAUCGACACCUACAAUUGUUGGUGUUCCCUCAUCAACACUAGGCUUCCUGGGUAGCUGUAUAAAUAAUAAGGGGAGCAUCAGUCUGCUGGCAUCAACAAAUGGUCUUCUGUGCGUUCAGUAUAUUCCUGAUGAUAAACGUCAUCGAGUACGGACCAUCCUCAUUGCUAAUCCAGCAACACAACAAGCACAACCAAUUCCAGGUGCUGCUCAACACCUAAUCCAGGGUAGGGUUGUAGGACUUGUGUUUGAUCCACCCAAUGAACCGACUUCAAUCGAGGAGCACAAGAUUGAUCAACCCAAGGAAGAAUUUUCAGCAAAGGAGAACAAGUUCAAGAUUGUCCAAGCAAUCCCAAUUAAAAACACAAGUUAUACCACAGUUGAGUUUCGCUUUGUCAUAUUUUCCUCGGACACGGGCCGGUGGGUCAUGUCUAAUACUAUAGUUAAUGCAAACAUCAAGGAAGAUGAAUGCGACAAGGUGGUAUAUGCAAGUGGUGUCCUAUACUGGGACUAUCAGGACAAUUUGCUUUGGUUUGAUGUUUCUAGAAGUUCAGGAGGCAUCAUCAAAAUGCCAUGGAUACUGCAAGGAUCCAAAUCUGAGAAGUGGGACCAUCAUAGCAUCGAUACCUCCAUCAACGAUGUACUUGUGUGCACAACCAUUACUAAGGAUGGCUUGGCCAUCUACCGACUUGUGGAAGGAGGUGUCCGUUAUUGGGAGCUCAUGCAUAAGAAAGAAUGGAAAACUAUUAUGGAGGUGAGUGGCGAUGCAUUCCUAUCCUGCCACUCGAUGAAGCUACGCAAUUGCUGGCAAUCUAAGUUCUGUGAGCGGUGGUUGGUGAGGCCAUUUGGGUUAGAGAGUGGACGAUGGCUGUAUCUAGGGGUGAUUGAGAAAUGGGAUACAUUGGAUAAGGUGCUACUUUGUGACUUGGAAAGUGGCAAGGUGGAAGACCUUGGAAGGGAUUUGAGCAACCAAUUUAACUUGAUGUCUAUUUUUGGAUACCGAAAUAGCAUGGCAGCUCUUCCACCCAUUGCUGUGCCACCAUUGCUAGGCGAAAUUUGUGAUGGUAAUCCUGGUGGUUGCAUAUGUUCAGUAAAAUGA